AGUUUACUCCAUAGAUAUCAUACUUCAAGAUCCCAAUACUAAAAUUCAUUGAAGGUCCUCCUUGUACCGGCCAUAAUGCGACGACCUCGACAUGCCGGCACAAUCGCCAGUACCCGACGCCAACAGACCCCCGCGUUCUAUAGUUCCCGACAUCUUCAAACACCGACAUCUCCCUCGCUCCAGGAUGAGGCAUGGAAACAAAUGCCCCACAAUCCUCGCCUUUUGGCGCGCAGGGUUCCGUCAACCAGGAUGACGACGCGUCAAAGAGUAAAAGAACACAGAUUGCCUGUCUAAACUGUAGGAAGCGAAAGAGUAGAUGUCUGUUAGACUCUGACAACUCGAUACCCUGCCUGCGAUGCAAACGCGACAAUCUCGACUGCGUACUAGGUGGCAGCAACCGCGGCGGGCGACGAGUCCGGAAAAGACGUACAGACGAAUCGCAACCGCAUGUUCAACCACCUCUCCCAUCGUUGACGGUCGUCGCGCCUGAAGAUGGGAGCUUCCAUACGUUGGGAAACUUGGGCACAUGGUCGGAAUCCAGAGUGCCACCGCAGUACGAAGAUAGCCACGCGACGCGAUCCGAGUCCUCACAUACCGACGAGCUUCCGUUCUCGAACCUACAAAACCCUUCCGAUGCGCUGGGCAUACUAGCCAGAGUCGCGGGCGAAACAAGCUCCAACGAGAACGAGGGAAAUGGGAUGAAUACUGGACAGGUCGGGCCCUCGAUAUCCAGCAUGCCAGCGCCCUUGUCCUUUUCAUAUCCGUUACUAGACCGGGGUAUACUCACUGUCCACUCGCUGUGUCAGCUUCUCGUGCGAUUCCAGCAGCAGUAUCAUCCGUACUACCCACUAGCUCCAGCGCAUGCAUUCGAAACGUCGAAGCUAGCAGACAUGGUCAAAAAAGAACCUCACCUCCUUACUGCCAUCCUCCUCAUCGCCUCGAAGGAUCUAGUCGACGAACCCCACAUAUACGAAGCUUGUUCCGAACACAUGAAGAGCCUGGUGUCGGACCUAGCAGCAGGGGGCGACGCUGAUAUCGAGGCUGUAGAGGCGCUACUACUACUGGCAGAAUGGGCACCUUAUACGCAGCGCGGUUCGGGCCACGUUGGUAAAGGAGAAGAGGAUAAGGAGAGCUGGAUGCACGUCGGCCUUGCGCUGAGGAUCGCAUACUUCCUUGCCUUGGACCGCUAUUCCUUCCGCUUCGUCGACCAAGGAAAAGACCCAAAUCACAACCGCAAAAGACUCAUAUGGACAGCAGCAUACGUAUCCGACCGACACAUUAGUAUCAGAAUCGGAAAAGCAUUCUGGUCCCGCGGUCCAGGACCACUCACUACCCUUCGACGAGAAGACUAUCCCUCGCUGAUACCGCGCAGUCCCAACGAGGAAGAUUACGCCUCCAUCUUCCAGGCGAACCUGGAGCUUACGCAGCUAUUCAGUAACGUUCAUGACACGCUGUAUUCAAACCCUGGGUCUAGUUUUCGCUCACAUAUGAGCGGCAGCUACAUCAAAUUCAUCGACGACUUCCGCUCGGCUAUCUAUGGGUGGAAAAGUGUCUGGGGCACACUGACAUGCUCUCCGCCCCUUAAAGCCAGUCUUCUCAUGUCAUACGACUAUCUGCGUCUGUACACCAAUGCCUUUGCGUUCCAGGCCACGGUUCUGCGCGCUCUUCCCGCUAGUACCACCAGUUCUUCGAGUGCAGACUUGGGUGUCGGUGUGACUAGUGGUAGUGGAGGAGGAAGCGGACAGGGCAUGCAAGUUCCCCAACGCGUCUUCGUAAAUAACGUCGGCGCAGUAGGCGACGCGCGAUUUAUAUACGAAGGCCUCGACGCCGCAAAAGCCAUCUUAACAACCGUGAACAACUUUGUUGACCCAGAGCGCUCGCUACGCUUCAUGCCGUUGCGGUACUAUCUAUACCUCGUGUACGCAGGCGUCUUCCUGUACCGCGCGCGCUGCACGGGCGUCAUCUCCGCCGACGAAGAUCGCGCUAUUCGCGCCAUGAUCAACGAAACAGUAGCCAGAUUACAAAGAAGCGCCGUGGGAAGUGCCACUGGGAGUGGAAUACAGCACCCAGGCAGUCGGUACAGUCAAUUGCUUAAACUGCUCUGGGCCAAAGUCCCGCGAAAGGACAAGACGGCGCGGUCUAACUUUCGCCAUCCGGGCACGCAUUAUGCUUCUAACCCUGUGGAUCAGAACGGGUUCCCGCAGCAUGUGCCGGCUGCACAACAGAGUCCGCAGGCUAGCGCGGGAAGUGUGGGGACUGGCGAGAGUCCUGCGUUGACGGAGCAGAUGGGAGAUUUUGGGUGGACAGAUUUGGGUGCUGUAAGUGAGUUUGCAGUGCAUGGUGGUGGUGGAGCGCAGGCGCAGGAUGAAGCUGCUUUGUGGAAUGGGUUUUUGCCAUUGGAUAUGGGGUGGAAUGCGCAGGGCUUAGGAUUUGAGGGAAUGGGGUUCGAUAACAACGAGCUGGGCAUGCUGUUCUGAUGGACUAUAUAUAUACUCGUGUUAAGUACCUUCGACUUUUAAUGUACAACCAAGUGCUAAUAUUUUUUUUACUACAUACAUGUCGUCGUGUAGGGGAUUAAAUGUCAAGAUGAGAUUAUAGCUCUAAUUGUGCGUUGCAUACCUACUCUUUGUUAUCGUUGACUGUAC